GGAGAAACGGCCACGGUUAUUGAUCCAACAACUGUCUCACAUUUAUUCAUGGGGUUUGCGAUCUACCAUUGAUCCCAACAUUCUUGAUUCGGGUUAUCGCCGUGUCGAUUCAUCGCUUGGAAACCUCCAAUACCCGUCCCUCCUGCGAUCGGCUUCGUCGGUCAACCUUCACCCACCGCCUCAUCUUUCACACCAAACCCCCGGCAACAGGCUUCGGGUCUCGUUCCUUAUCACGGCACCUUAACGUCAUUUGAAUGAAUAGAGAGGAGAGAUGGUUAUGCGAACUUCCUGCCGAUGAGCUCCAAUAUCGAGGGCAGUGAUGACCGGGACCGCGAGGAUGAGCUGGACUUGGGCCAGGAGGAUGAGGGAGCCCUCAUGCCUGCCGAAAAUAGGCCCCUAGAAGCCGAUGGGCAGCGCAAUGAGCCGGAAAAUGGUACAAUGGCUUACUUUGAGGAGGAUCUCUCCCCAGAGACCGACCAAGACCAGAUGCCAGACAAAACGAUGCCCUCGUCUGACACCGAGGCUGCCAAUCUUCCAGUAACGCCCCGUAUCGGUCAGCUCGUUGCUGCUGGCAGUCCUAAUGAGACAGCCUCGACACCGGAUGAUACCCCUUCUCUACAUGGCUCCGUUCUCUCAUCACAAAGCAGCAGUGCUCUGGCGCUCCGAGCGUCCCUCCUCCGCUUCCAGUCGAGGCUCUCCUCCUCCCCUCUCGGGUUCCGGCCAUCCUCGCCGUUUCUGUCGCAUAUCCACUCGCGAAAGUCUUCCCUUACAAGCCGCAUGUCCCCGUUCACCGGGGAGUCUGAAACCCCUCAAGGUCCUUGGGAUGUAAUCCGGUGGACCAAAUUGCGAAAGAUUACCGGGCAAGCAUUCUCAGAAGUAGGCAAGCGGAACUUUGGUCAUCCGACGUGCAUGGCGGUUUCUACAAGUAUUGUGAUUGGAACGUCUAAAGGGAUCAUUCUGGUGUUUGAUUACCAGCAAAGCUUGAAGACCAUCAUCGGAACAGGAACCAAGGCUGUUGAAUGCGGCGCCAUCACCUCGCUGGCACUUUCGGCCGAUCACUCCACAGUCGCCGGGGGCCAUACCUCUGGCGACAUAUUUACAUGGGAGAUCUCGCGAUCUGCUCGACCUUUCCUUCACAUACCCCCAAUACCCGCGAAUCAACUCGAGUUUCGAACCUCCGAUGGUCACAUAACAGGAAUGUCGGUGAUCCAUCUUGGCUUCCUGGGGACGAGACGCACUGCGCUGGUGUCGGCUGACAAGCGGGGAAUGGCCUUCUCGCAUCUGGCCACUCGCGGUAUGGGCGCAGUAGGUCGAACGGUGAAGACAACACGAAUCCUGGGCCGGUAUCCCGAAGUCUUCGCCGAUGGCCACCGCACACGGAAACCGAGCUCCGUCCUCGCCUUUUCGCCUCUCCCUCUUGGAAACGUGGAACAGCCAACCGAUUCGCUGGGUCUGGUCGCUAUGCUGACUCCCUACCUCCUCGUGAUUGUCUCCACGACGCCCGUUGCGCAGACGCAAUACAAGUCACCGCGCCCGAAAGAGGUCGCCGCACACGGUGCGAUGACAGGCGCGCUGGCUUGGUUUCCAGCAAUCAAGCUGAAGGGCACAGACUCCGAGACUUCAAAGACGAAGCUUGUUUAUUGUUGGUCCAACGUGCUGACAGUACUGGAUGUCGCUGAGAUGGAGACGGAUGAACCGCCAAGUGGAGAUAGACCUCCUGCUCUGGAAUUCACACCACGAAGCCGGUGGAAGGCCGAAGAGGCGAUCGUUGCCGUGCAGUGGCUGAGUCGCUCAGUACUGGCAGUGCUCACAAUCACCCAGCAGCUGCUGAUUCUUGAGGACCAUUCUAUGCGCGUGACCGACGCCGUGGAUUUGCUGAAUCGACACAUAUACCAUGUCGACCUUUUCUCCUCGCAGCUGCAUUCCUUAGUCGAGCAAUUGAAUGAGGAAGAUACGUCGAUGCAUGGCGUCGUCGCUGAUGCGUUUUACAUGAGCUUCCGCUCGUACAAAGGACGUCUCUUCUUGAUGGGCUUCAAUGAAGCACUAGUCGGCAGUCUUUCCAACUGGGCGGAUCGGCUCUUUGCACUCAUGGAGGCCGGUGAUUUUAUUGGUGCAAUCCAACUGGCGACAUCGUACUAUAAAGGUAGUGCCGAGAAAUUGACCGUAGGGCUGCCGGAAGAGGACGCCUUGAGACAGCCUAUCGUUCGCGAAAAGCUGCUUGAGAUCGUAUCGGCCUCGUUGAAGUUUGCUUUUGGCCGCAACACGGAAGCCAACAAUGAGCGCCUCGAAAGCCGCCAGCUCGAGGAACUGGCCGAGGUUUCGAUAUCCGCCUGUGUUAAUAUGGCGGAGGACGAGUUUCUCUGGGACGAGGUCUUCAAUUGGUACGAGGAGCAUGAUUCGCAAGGUGUCUUCCUCGAUGCUCUUGAGCCUUAUAUCGUGGACGGAGCAGUGCGCUCCUUACCUCCAACCGCUGUCAAGGCUUUAAUCAACCACUUCAGCACAAAUCAUUCGACCAGUCGAUUGGAAGAGAUCAUCUGUCUACUUGAUACCACGACGAUGGACAUUGACCAGGUCACAAAUCUGUGCAAGCACUAUAAUUUAUACGACGCUUUUAUAUAUGUAUGGAACCGCUGCCUUGGCGACUACGUGAGCCCGCUGGAGGAACUUAUUGCACUCAUUCCGGCGCAAGUGGAGUCCAUGGUCAACGGGGAUUCGAUGGAUGUGCUGAAUCGACAUACGAACGCUGCGAAGAUGUUUCCGUACCUCUCAUUCGUGCUCACAGGCCGCAUCUAUCCGACUGGUGAAGAGAUGGACAAUGCCGAGGCCACGACAGCCAAGACAGCAUUGUACGACUACCUCUUCUCAGGGAACCAAUCUGGCACUCCUCAAGCGAUAGGAACGUUCGCGAGUUUGCAUGCCAUGUUGAAGUUUGACGCAUCUAGUUUUAUGAGCAUGUUGAACGAGGCGUUUGAGGAUAGUUUCCUGAACGACCAGGAGCCCGAUGAGAUCCCCGCGCAAGGAGUCUCGAUCAACCGCCAAUACCUGAUCAGCAUUCUGUUCCAGGUUAUGACGCCUACUUCUUUCGAUUCUUCAGAUACCAUCUACCUCGACAUGUUCGUUGCGCGCAACCUGCCCAAAUACCCUCAAUAUAUCCUGCUGUCUGGCACUACGCUUCAUCAAGUAUUGGUGCGACUAUGUCGCUACCCGAGUGAGGAGAUGGCGGAUGACUGUGAGCUCAGUGCGGAAUACCUACUCUCUAUUUACCAUCCCCCGGAUAUCCAGAACAUGAUCCCACUUUUCCGGGAAGCUCGCUUCUACCGUAUCUUGAAAUCCACGUACCGCUCUGAGAGACAAUUCCCCGAGUUGAUACUCACGUACCUUGAGGACCCCAGCGAGCAGGAAGCGGUAUUCACCUGUCUACAGGACUGCCUCCGCCCCGGCUCCGUAUUGGGCAAAAAGCAAAGACGGGAUGUCAUCGACGUGAUCAAGAAACAUGCUGGGCAAUUGGCUGGCAUUGAUGUGAGAACAGCCGCGCAGACAAUGCAGGAAUUCGCCCCCGAAACGCAUGAGACAUUCCUCAAGGCUCUGGAGGACGACAGUUAUAAGCAGUAUCAGUAUCUGCUCGUUGUCGCCGAAAGCCCGACGCGGGAGGUUGCAGAAGCAGGGGCUCCCCGAAACGUCGCAAACUGGAUGAUUGAGCGAUAUGUGCAGUUGCUCUGCAGGUACAAUCCCUCGCACGUUGUUGAGUUUGUGGAUGAUUUGCGAACGGGCGAUGUACGGCUGGAGGAGUUGUUGCCUGCCAUGGAAGAGAGCGGGGUUGUCGAUGCGGCUGUCAUUCUGCUCGUGAGGCAAGGCCAGGUGCGAGCUGCAAUGGACCGGCUCAUCGCUCACUUGGGUGCACUGCAAUCGGGUCUGGUGGGAAUAUUGCAGAGUGCGCAAGAGAGUCCUGACUCUGCCAGUACGGCGGAAGCGAUUACCGAUCUUCUUGAAUCCUUGGACAAGUAUGCGCACGUUGGCAUCUGGUUGUGCCAAAGUCAAAGCCGGACGACUAAAACGUCGCGACCGGAGAGGAACGGUACUGGCAGUAAGGUUAUGUUGGACCAGCCUUUGUCUUUCAACGAGACUCUGUGGCUGGACCUGAUUGAGGCAGUAGUUCGCAUCGCGAGCAGUGUAUUUGCUCUGGUGCGGGGACAGCAAGUUGAUGACGACAAACUCACCCAGGUGGCCCCUGGGACCUCCUCACCGGGCGACAAUACCGCCCAACUCAUGUCGUCCGUCCGCACUCUGGUUCAACAAGUAUUUACUGCUCUUCUGUCGAGCACUGUCAAGCUUGGCGGAGCGGCCCCUAGUGCCGAGCGGACCGAUGUAACCUUUCUCCGCAUCCUACGUGCAUUUCUCACUCGAGCUGCCAGCUGGUCACCGUCGCUUCUCGAGCUGCGUGCCGUCUUGGCGUCGGUCUUCUCCGCCUACACGUACGAAAAAUCCUUACUGUCUCUGGCCAAUGGCAUGCUCGAUCGAGACCUCUUUGUGCAUGUGGAGGAGGUCACGCGGUUGCGUCAACGGGGAUGGCGGCCGCGGGGGCAAGUGUGCGAGAUCUGCCGGCAACGCAUCUGGGGUCCCGGGGUGGGGUCGCAGUACUGGGAAGCAUGGGAGAAAAGACAGGAAGGGGAGCGGCAACGGCGGGCGAUCAAACGGCUGGAAGGCAGAUUUGAUCCUGCAACUGCCAGGGGGAAGGGAAAAGCUGCUGCCGUGGGCGCAGGCGCUGGUCCGUCACUGCACUACAACGGGCAUGUGGAACAUGACCGUCAACAUCGGGAAGUUGCCGGAGCACCUGAAACCGACGAGGCUUUCCACAAUGCCGAAGAAAAGCGCAUCGGCCCCGCCGUUGUAUUCUCCUGCCGUCAUUUGUAUCACCAACAGUGUCUGGUGGACAUGGCUCAGGCUGGACGGGCGAGUAAGCGAAACUCGGCCCAUUUUGCGCCGGAUGGAACAGGAUUGGAGUUGUCAUGUCCGACUUGUACAUAAACAGGACUUGGAAGCCAUCUACUGUAGUCAUCAUUCUUAUAAUCAUAUCUCCG